AUGCCAACACGGCAACGGGCGCCGGCGUACAACACGCGACUUGCGACACACCAAACCUCGUCGUCAUCAGCUCGUCUGAGUUCGCACACCUUCACUCUCAUUGCCAGUUGGCGCGGACAGCUCUUGAUCUGCACAGUUGUGCUUGUUCUUGGUGCCAUCUACUUUGUCGUCCACGAACCCGUUCGCAAAUGGCGACGUCGCCAGCGAGAGCGCCUGAGUCGCGCUUUCACUGCCGAGCUCCUGUCCAUGGACAAGUCCAACGCCGAUGGCAAAGAGGACAAGGACCGAGCGUCAACGAGCACGGCCACAUCGACAGCGGUCUCGACCUCCAACAAGAACGCCCGUGAGCGCGCACGCGAAAAGCGCAAAGAGGCAAAGGAGGCCAAGAAGCGCAGCCUCCUGCGUGCCGUCUGCACAGGCGAUGGCAGCGUCAACACCUCCCUCAACUCUUCCCCUGGCCUGAUACCAACGACCUCGGCCGACUCUGUCGACGACGACCUUGACCGCACGGCCGACGCUUCCGAACCCCAGCGUCUCCUUUCACCACCUACGAUCACUCUGGAGUCGUCCCAGUCUGACGGCGAAGGCGACAUUUCACCCUCCCCGGAACCAUCCCUGCUCUCCGAAUCCCCUGUGCCGUCGUCUCCAGGACAACCGCUUCACGGAGAAGAACAACACCUCGAAUCGCCACAGGCUGGCCCAUCGCGUUUGUCACCCAUUCCAGCUCUUGAGAUCGACCUGUCCGACGACAUGUCUGAGCUCAUCGAGCCUGCGAGCGAUAACCGCCCACCAUACAGCCGCGUGAGCAGCGGGUCAUACUCCAUCAUCCCGGACGAGGGCUACCUUCCCUUGUCCAACCAGGUCGGCAAGAAGAAGAAGCGCAAGUCCAAGGCGCGUUCGGCGACCUCGGAUGGCUUGCGCACACCCGAGAUUCCCAGGGUCGCUGCCUUCACUCCUUCGCGCACACCAUCGCGCUCAUUUACCAUGUCGUCUGAUGACCAGUCGCCCCCACAAAGUGUGGCUGCCAUCUUGACGAAUGUCCCAUCGGUAUCGGCUCCAGGAUCCCCGUCGACCCCCAGGAGGCGACGAAAGAUUAGCAUUGGAGGCGUGCCCAUGAGCCCGGCUCUCGAGUUGCUCAUCACCAACCACGAGCGGACGAUCGACUCUCUCCGUGCCGAGAUUGGACACGCAAAGGCCGAGGAGAGCAAGGCGCACGACGACGAAAUCCGUGCCAGGGAGGAGCUCAGGCGGUCGCGUUCGACAGAGGACCGCAUGCGUGCAGACUACGAACGCGCUCGCAAAGCGCGUGAUCGUGCAGAGGCGGAAUCGAGGCGUCUGGAAUCCGAGAUUCUUCUGAUGCGCAACCGCUUUGAAACGCUCACUCACAUGUACCACGCCGUGUGCCAUCGUCUUCGUGAGGUGGAGGCUGGAGGCCAGGACGGUGCCCCUACGCAUGUCUCGACCCCUUCCCAGAUGGCUACCCCUUACAUGGCGUUCCCCGCCAGUGGCAUGCAGGGUGCGCACAUGGGUUUCAUUCACUACAGCCCGGCAGUCUACCCGUCGCCUAUUCCACCACAAUUCCCGAUGGCGACCAUGGCGUCUCCGUAUCGUCGCUCUGAGGCCGGUAUGGGCAUCAGCGACCUCGCUGGCCCUCUCACCCCCGGCCAGUCGACCAUGCCAUCGACGGUGCCGUCCCAGGCGUCGUCCCCUUACCCCUCGGACCUCACUCUGAACACGUCGAUUGGGUCUUCAUCGCAAGCUGCUUCGGACAUGGCCCAGCUCUCUGCGGCCGAGCUCCGUAGACACCACAUCACGUCCUCGGUCCUCAAGAAGAAGAAGACGGAGACGUCUGAGAGCGGCGACUCCAACCCGACCCCUUCGACCAAGACGUCCGACUCGGCCGUCAACGUCUCCUCCGAGUCUGGUGACAGCGUUCCCGUGGCCGGGUUAGGCAUCAGCCAGAUGUCCGGUGUCCAGUCUACGUUUCCCUCUGCCAACGGCUCUGUUCACCGCCAGCGGCCAACCAAGCAAGGUUCCAUGUCAUCUGCCUCGUCUGACGCUUCGUCUGGUCUCCGUCGCCAGAUCCUCAUCACUCCCUCCAACACUGAGAUGUUUCACCCCGAGGCAAACGGACACCUCCCCGAGACCUUGGGUGGCGAGGGAGGCAAGGAGGACUUUGCCUAUGGCCACGACCACAUUGCGGAGCCCCUGUCGCAGAAGGAGAAGCAGCAGCCCGAGCUCUCGAGCGUAAACCACGACAGUGACGACGACCACCUCGAUUGCAAUGGCGACACCGAGUCUGAGUUUGCGCCCAUGUUUGCGAGCCUCGCCCACACGCCAGAGCAGCUUGCAGAGAUUGCACGUAUCCGCGAAGAGGCCAUCCGAGACCGCGAACGACGUACCCGGGCCAGGAGCACGGGCUCAAGCGACCUGUAG